UCCGUGUACGUGUACGUGUACCUCUGCGUGUACUAGCAUGGCAACGUUAGAAAUGAGAAGUGAUAUUUGUACCUGGCUUGAAAGAGAGCUGGUUGUUGAUGAACAAGGUUUUCUAAUUGCACAAGAUGUUUUCACGAGCUUUAUGAAGUCUUGCUCUAACGCAACCGUAUCAAAGGACCUUUUUGGAAAACAUCUCAAAUUAAUAUUUCCUGGCAUUAGUUUUUCUACAAAAAGAAAAGACAAAAGUCAUGUAAGAAUAUAUCGUGGCAUCUCAUACCGGCACCAGCAACCAGAAGACACGAUUAGCCUGCAUGACAUUGCAUUGCGAAUAAAACCUUGGUGGCAUGUAGUCGCGAAUAAUGACAGCAGCAUCAAAAUCAUGUCUUUUGUUGGUAUUAUCAACCAGCAGAGAGUUGUUAAAGAAUUAGAAGUGUAUGGAAAUGGUCACUGGAAUUUAAGUUUUGGAGUGGUUCGUGUGCUGACCAGUGAUUCGAGUGAACAAUCGAGCCUGCUGUCACCUGGGGAUGGCAUGUUUCGUGUUCGGGAUGUGGACAACCUACUCCGCAUGGUCGAUAAUGCAGAAAUGUGCAAAGGAUUGCCAUUGGGAGAGUCAACUUCAGGCCGACAGCCAGUUGAGCGUUUCCAGACAGCCAAAGGAGAACCAGAAGAGAUUCGCCAGCGUGCUCGCACUUGCUCUUGGCUAAAACCGGCACUUGCACACGGCACAAGCUGCCGGGCAUGCAAUAGACAUCUGCGUUAUGUCCGGAAGGCUGCAUCGCUGAAGGCACUUCACACUUCACAUGAUGCCAGUACUGCACACACAGAUGCUGAGUGGAGCCUCACAGAUGAGAACGACGCUGAUGUUGCAGCCAUUGUGGCGAAAUAUCUGCCACAGAUAAACAGCGACAGUUUGCUGCGGGAUCAACUACUUAACCAAGAGCAGAUCCGUGGUAGAGCCCCCAGAGGCAGAAGGUGGAAUCCUGAGGUUGUGAAGGCAUGUCUGACGCUGUGGGCCAGCAAUCCUCGCACCUACAAGAAGCUGUCGUCACUUGGCAUAUUAGUUACACUGCCAAGUGGACGCCUACUUCGAUAUUAUAAAAACUCAGUUCACCAGAAGCCUGGACUCAACAACGAUAUGCUUCACUGGAUGUAUGAGGAAGCAAAGUCCAAGCAAGUGCCACCGCAUGGCAUGACUGGAGGCAUAGUCUUCGACGAGAUGUCGAUUCAGUCUGACCUUCAGAUCAUAUACUCUGAAGGUAAAGUGAAGAUCGUCGGACUGGUCGACAUGGGAGCUGAAUGCUCUGCUAUGCGAGUACUGAAAGAAGGUAAGGCAUCAGCGCAACUCGCCACACAUGUCUUGCUGUUCAUGUUCCAAGGGGACAGUGGCUUUCGCUUCCCAUUUAUGCACGUGCCGACGGCAGAAGCAACAGCACCAGAUAUAUACGUCCUUUUCUGGAAGGCUGUGUGUGGACUGAUUGACUGGGGAUUCAGUGUAAACUACGCUUGCUUCAAUGGUGCUGUCCAUAACAGGUCGUUUCUGAAAAUUCACUUCAAUGGCUCCGAUUCGGCAGCAGUGUCAGCUUCCUUCGCCACACACAAUGCCUGCUCGCCAGAUCUGCCACUCGUCAUGAUGAUGGAUCCGAAGCACCUCUUCAAGAAAAUCAGAAAUAAUAUUAUCAAAAGUGGGUUUGGAAUAAAUAGCACCAGACUACUGUCGCAUCAGGCAGGCUUUAUUACCUGGGAAAUGUGGGUGAAAGCCUAUCAGUGGGACCGGGCAGCGAACCCAAGCGAGGUCUCAAGGAUACACCAUGUCCUGAGUGAUGAGCACAUCUGGCCAAACAAUGGGCAGAAGAUGCAAAAUAAACUGGCAGAAGAUGUCCUCAACAAGGAAAUGCUUCAUCUGUUCAAAGCUUACCAGAAAGCUGAAGGUCGAAAUGGAGAUUCGCUCAACGGUGCGAUACAGCUGCUGGAGGCAACCAGUGUUCUGAUUGCAAACUUUACCGACACACGUCCUAUAACAUCAGUAGAAGAUGAUCGGCUCCAUUGCAAUGCGAGAGCACUGCAAUGGUUCACAUCAUGGGAGGACGGCGUGAUGAGCGAUCUACAGGACACUGCCAUCGUGAAGCGAAAAAAGUUGAUGUCACAGGAGACACGCUUCGACAUGAAGUCAGCCAUUCUGGGCUUUGGAAGUCUUGUUCGCCAGAAACAGAAAACCCAUCCUGGCACAAGCAUAAAUGCUGCUCGAGUCAACAGCGACUCAGUCGAAAACAUCUUCUGCCAGCAGAGAGCCAUUUCGCAUGGGGCCAAUGACAACCCCAACUACAAGCAGUUUAUGUAUGGUAUGAACACCAUCAUAUUAACCGCAGACACUGUUAACAGCAGCCGUUGCAACACUGGAGUAGCAGCAGAGCCUUUCUCAUUUCGAGUGCAGAAACCCAUCAAUCCGAAGAAAUAGAAGAGUGAUGCUUAGUGGAACACAAGUAUUAUUCUCCAGGUACGAAUACUUGUUAUGGUUAUGGUUACACAACAAUUGAUCUAUUGUUUACUGUUGCAUUUUAAAGCAUUUUGGGCAUGUCCACGGCUCGUCACUUGCAGAAACUUCAGACCAAUUUUCAUCGUCGAGUAAGCCAGCAUAUGCUCUGUGUAGCCAACCUCCACAUACGUCACAACCAACACAGGGGGAGUCCCCCACAUCCUUGCUGCAUGUUGGGCAGAUGUAAGCUGGUUCUUGUACGAUCUUUCUUUCUGGCCUGGAGCGCUUUCCUUUUCCUUUCCCUUUUCCAGCAGCUGGCCUUUUUGUUGUAGAUUGUUGAGGUUCUAUUGUUAGGGUGAUUGUAGGGUGUUGAAGGCCGGAGGGACCAGGCUGUUGCUCACCACAAAUCGCUGGCAGGACAUCUGCAGUCGAGCUGAUGGGUGAAGAUGCUCCAAACGCAUUCGGUUUUGACAUGCUGUCUACUGCAAGUAUUAUGCAUUAUUGCAUGAUUAUAUACAUAAAAUAUAUAUGUGUCAGUGUGCAGUGGCAGCAGUAAUGGCGGCAGUGUGUGUUUACAGAUGAGCAUUUGGACGGCAUUUACAUGAAAUUGUCGGCAAUAAUAGGUGCAAGAGAGUAUAGAAUUAGAAAUAUUAAGAGUCAGACUUUGGUAGUAAAUAGAUUUCGUAUUUAUUUAGCAUGAUAUUUUAUUGAAACGCUCCAAGUGCCUGUGCUCACCCAUACUACGGUGACUGCUGUUUUGAAUAACCUACCUUAUAAAAAGCGUCAUCCGGAGAUGUUGUAUUUGAUAUGUGAUUGCCGAUUAUUUGUUUCUUUUAUAGUAUUUUGUCUUCGAUCGUGCCAGCACUACUCACUGACGACAAAUUUCU